UUAAACGCUCCUUAAUCUUGGAGACUAUCUGUGAAAUGCAGUUCCUGUUUUUUCUCAGGUUGUUAUUUAGUUUUCUUUUCCACCAUUGAAGGAAGUCUGACUUAAAAUAGGACUGCAGACAUUAAGGCUGUAAUUGCCAUGUGGAAAGCCUGCACUCCUGCUGUUUUUCUAGGGUGGGGGUAGAUUUGUGCCUCUCCUUCAGCCCUUCAUGUGUGUCUGGACAAGUGGCGGAGAGUGACGUGACUCUCUCACACAGGGCCAGCACUGAUUCAUGCCGGGAGGCUUUCCAGCCAUGCUGAAGCAGAUCCUGUCCGACAUGUACGUGGACCCAGAGCUCCUGGCUGAGCUCAGCGAAGAGCAAAAGCAGAUAUUGUUCUUCAAGAUGAGGCAGGAACAGGUCAGAAGGUGGAAAGAAAGAGAAGCAGUAGCUACCACCCCAAAGCCAGUACUGAAGAAAGACAAUGGAAAGUCUGUGCAGUGGAAGCUCGGUGCAGAUGGUGAUAUCUGGGUAUGGAUAAUGGGAGAACACAUGCUGGAUAAACCAUAUGACCUUCUGUGUAGUGAGAUUCUUGCUGAAAGAGUGAAGCGACAGUCACUUCAGCAAGUAGAGACAGUAAGAAGAACACCAAUGGAAAAAGCUACAGAGAGUUCAGUAUCAUCUCCUCCACAGUUUCUAUCAGAGCUCCAACCUGGAUUUGAAAUACUGCAAGACAAAAAAAAUGUUGUGCAAAGAGAUGUACCAAAGAGAGUGGAAAACAUACCAGCUGUUGGAAAUCGCAGAAAUCUAGAAUGUAUUCAGGCUCCUGUGACUAAACUAAGAGAUGUGGAGCAGAUAUUGGUAGACGAUUGCUCUAAUUCAAGCAAAUAUAAUUUUCAGCAGAAUAAAGAAAUGCCAAUGAAGACGACCACCACCGAGACCAGAAUAGGAGAAGAAAUAACUUUAGAUUACCCUUCUGAAUCAAUUCAAAAGCUGGACAAAGAAGAUCCUGAUUGGCUGGAAUCUUUACGGAGGUCCAAAGCAGCAGAUGAAAGACGACGCUCCCUUGCCAAACAUGCACGAGAUGACUACAAGAGACUCUCCUUAAAAGGCAUCCGCAAGGACAAAGCAGCUGAUGUUUCUCAAACCUUUAUGAGAGAGGUGCAAAGAAAGCCACUCCCUCCACCUCUUCCACCAAAGCCUAAAAACCUUACAGCUAAAAUAACUGAUGGGAAACCAGAGAGAAAACAGAGCUUACAAAGAUCUAUCUCCAGUUCUACUCAGGAGGGUAUAGUUCGAUGGUUUAAAGAAGAGCAGAUCAAUCUCCGAGCCGGCUUUGAGAAAUCAAUGGAUCAGAUAGCACCUUGGUUUCACGGUAUUUUAACCACCAAAAAAGCAGAAGAACAUUUGGAGGGUUUGGCACCUGGAAGCUUUCUCAUCCGAGUCAGUGAAAAAAUCAAAGGCUAUGUUCUCUCCUAUUUGUCAGCCGAGGGCUGCAAACAUUUUCUGAUAGAUGCUUCUGGAGAUGCAUAUAGUUUCCUUGGUGUUGACCAACUCCAACAUUCAACAUUAGCUGACCUAGUUGAAUGUCACAAGGAUGAGCCCAUUACAUCAUUGGGGAAGGAACGUCUUCAAUACCCAUGUGGACAACAAGGACAGUUACCAGAUUAUCUUGAUCUUUUUGAGUGAUAGUCAAGUGUAGGAAAAUCAGGAAGUCCAAGCAGUUCACAUGAAUAUUAAAGUUUAUUGGAAGCUUAUGCUCUCUACAAGAAUCUGAACUGUUACUGUCAAAGCAAAUAGGUGGUAGAUAAGAAUGCAAUUCAAAGUGGGCUGGAGUUAGAUCUAUUGUGGACACAAAGGGACUUGAAAUUGAUGAUGCAUCAAUCUCCCUCAGGCUCAGCCUUAUUAUCUCCUACGGAUAUUUAGAAAAUCCAUUUACCAUAUGGAGGAAGUGUAUGGAAUGGGCAGCUGCUGACAUGGAGCCAAAACCCUUUAAUUAUUACAAUAGUCCCUUAACUGUAAAAUUAUUAUUCAAGUAUGCUUGAUAAACAAGAAAUAAAUUCAAUUAAGCAAAAAUUGGGAUCAAAAUCCUAAAGAAAGCAGCAAAAGAAUAAAACUACCAUUACAGGCAAUUGUGGUUAUGAACUUUCUUUGUUUAAACUGAAAUCUGACUGCAUGAAUUGCUGUUAAAUGAAGUUAUAAGGAACUAUUCCAAAGAGUUGACAUCUGACAUCUCUCAAUACAUUCUUGAAAGGUUUGCAUUUACAUUUAUAAUCGUUUUAUAUCUCUACACUUUACUAUAUUGUAAGCUACUCAAAGUCACUUCGAGCCACAAGAUGGGUGGCAUUUAAUGUUAAUAAAUAAAUAAAAAUGAAAUGAAAUAGUUGAGGAAAACUCCAAAUGCAGAAGUAGUUAGAAGAAUCUUCAUAACUUCAAAACCCCUGUAAGGUUGGUUUUCCUCACCAGGAAUGAGUAAUGAGUAUAAACAUGCCCAUAGUGCAUCAUAGAAUAACGGGUGCAUCAGAGCUUCCAACUGUUCACGUUUUUCUUGCUGUAUUCUCUGUAAAACAACAUCGUUGGAUAGUCACAGAGUUGUUUCAUAGGGGGUUGUUGUGUGUUCCUUUAAAAAUGAUAGUAGACAUUGCAUGGAUCAAAAAUCUUCACUGUCAGGUCUAUGGUCUAGUUUAGAAAAUGAGUCUUUGCAUACUGGCAGGGCAUGGGAGAAUCAGAUACAUUUUUGUUUUAGCAUGGAUGAAUAUAAAUUUGUAAGCAUGGGUACAAUAUGCUUUUCUUCCCUUUUUCUUUGCAUCCAAACUUACCAGGACAAAGUUUCCUUGUUUGAAGAAGCUGGUGUAUGAUGGACAAGCAUAGUAAAUAGUCAACAGAGAGAAAAGAGCCUUUAGCAACAAAUGCUCAAGUAAGGCAAAUGGAUAUUGAAAGAAGGACUGCAUCAAAAAAAUAAACAUUACAAGUGCCUCCACAUUUUAUCCUUUUCUCUGAAAAUGUUACAAAUAAAUGUUUUUGCAACAGAACAAGCAGUCCUUGCCUAUUCUAAUUGUGCUUCACUUCACUUGAAAAUAAUCUCAGCUAAACCAAGAGGAAAGCAGUUAUAAUAAAUGCAGAAGGAUUAAUACAUCGUCAAAGGCUGUUUGCAUUCUAUAUACAGAAUUUGGACAUGUCUCAACGUUUUCUAUUUUUCUAGCUAUCAAUAUUAGCAGAUUGUAAUAUUAGCAAAUGUAGAUACAUCUGGAAAAUAUACUUCUAUUUUCAUCUGUGUGUCUAUUUCAUUGAAGCCAUUUUGAGGCAUAUUUUCCAAAGUUCAAAUACAUAAAAAUGCAAACUGAAUUAGCAAGCAUUUUUAGCAAGCUAAAUUAAAAUCAGAUAUUAUAUCGGAAUAUCAUCCCUGCAGAAAUUAUAUUGGCCCCCACAUUGACACGCUUUCUUAAGGUUCAGAAGAAUCAAUGGGUCUGACGAACCCACAAUGGGAUGGAGCCCAUCAAGUGGCUUAUUUGACUGUAUGUUGUUGCCGGGAUGGGUAGGUGGGUUAUUAUUUUUAUACUGGGUUUUUACUGUUUAUAAAGAAAUAUGUUGCAGACCAGCACUUGAUAAAAUAAGCAUGAAGCCUUGGAAAAGUUAUUCAAAUACUGAUGUGAUGUGUCUUUACCUACAAAGAACAAAAAUUGUGAAAUCAUUGUAUUAUACUUAGUUUUUCACACCUGGCUUCUCCAUUUUGGCUUUCUUUUUGUAAAAUAAAUGAUGGCAUGGUGUAAUAUA